UGUGUAGAGUAAAGCAAAAUCAUGCAUCCAUAGCCACAUACAACUUAAUGGACUAUCCAAGUUUCAUAUUGUUAUUAUGUGUCUUUGUAAUAUCAAUAAUUUAUGUGUACACGACCUCCGGCCGUCGCAACUCUCGGCUUCCGCCGGGCCCUUACCCUUUUCCGAUCAUUGGAAACCUGUUACAGCUAAGCAACAAACCCCAUCGUUCACUUGCCACACUUUCCAAACGUUAUGGUCCGUUAAUGUCACUUAAGCUUGGAAGUAAAACAACCAUAGUCGUUUCAUCACCUGAUAUCGCUAAAGAGUUAUUUCACACAAAUGACCUCUUGUUUUCUAGUCGAUCUGUCCCCAACACUGCCCGGUUAAUGGACCACCACAAAAUCUCUAUAGCUUGGCUGCCCGCCGGAGAAAAAUGGCGAAGACUACGGAAAAUAACUAGAGAAUGUUUGUUUUCUGGACAAUGUCUAGAUAAGACCCAACAACUACGUACGGAAAAGGUGGAGGAACUUCUUGACCAUGUUAGUCAAUGUUGUGUAAAUGAGACGGGUGUUAACAUAGGUGCAGCAGCCUUUACCACAGCCGUUAACAUUUUAUCCAACUUGAUCUUCUCGAAGGAUUUAUGUCAAUAUGUUUCUAUGGAAUCUGAAGACUUUAAGGACGCGAUUUGGGGUGUGAUGGAAAUUGGUGGAAAGCCGAACUUGGUAGACUUUUUUCCAAUACUUGGACCCUUGGAUCCACAAGGCUUAACACGGCAAGGACAAGUUUAUGCUAAAAAAUUAUAUGGUAUUUUUGAUGAGAUCAUCGAACAACGGUUGGAAACUAGAGAUAGUUUGUCUGAAGUGGUUAAAUUCACAAAUAGGGAUGUUUUGGAUCUGCUGCUCAACCUCAUCGACUUGAAAGAUGAAUCCGAAUUUAGUCUAAAUGACUUGAGACAUCUAUUGUUGGAUUUGUUUGUUGCUGGAGGUGAUACAACAUCAACCACAUUGGAAUGGGCUAUGACAGAGCUCAUUCGUAACCCCAUGAAAAUGGAGACAGCUCGGUUAGAGAUCACAAAUUUUACGCAGAACAACAAGAAGCAUAUACAAGAAAUGGAUAUCUCUCAACUCCCUUACCUACAAGCUAUAACUAAAGAAACUCUCCGACUACAUCCUCCCGCUCCCUUUCUUAUCCCUCACAAAGCCAUACAUGACGUAGAAGUUGGAGGCUUUGUUGUGCCUAAAAAUGCACAAAUUCUUUGUAAUGUUUGGGCGAUUGGACGAGAUCCAAACGUUUGGUCAAACCCGGAAACGUUUAUGCCGGAGAGGUUUUUGGAAGUCGAGAUUGAUUAUAGAGGCCAAAAUUUUGAGCUCAUUCCAUUUGGUAGCGGGAGGAGAAUGUGUCCGGGAUUGAAUGUUGCUCAUAGGAUGUUACAUAUAAUGUUGGGUUCCCUAAUUCAGAAGUUUGAUUGGAAGCUUGAAGGAGAUAUGAGAGUUGAAGAUAUGAAUAUGGAAGAAAAGUUUGGGCUCACAUGUCCAAGAAAUGUACCGCUAUUGGUUGUUCCCAUCACACUUUGAUUUAGGAAGUUUGAUUGGGAACUUGAGGAGGAAAUAUAAAAGUAGAAGAUAUGAAAUAUGGAAGAAAAUAUUGAGCUCACAUGUCUAAAAAAAUGUACCACUUGGCACUAAUGGAUGCUCCCAUAAAACUUUGAUAGUUUUCACUUUUCAUAUUAUAUAUUCCACUUGUUUAAUCA